GGCGGCGGGGCCGCGGCGGGCGCCGACUCGGCCCGCCCCCUUCCCCCCGCCCCGCCCCGCGCCGCCGCCGGCCGGGCUGCUGUCAGCUCUCCUCAGCGUCGGGCCGAGACGCUGUGUAUGCUGAGCCGCUGCGACCGCAGGCUGCUGCACGUCCUGGGCCUUAGCUUCCCGCUGCUGACCCGCCGGCCGCUUUUCCUCUGCCGUCACCGCCUCAUGAAACCGCUGGUCGUGUUCGUCCUCGGCGGUCCCGGCGCCGGCAAGGGGACCCAGUGCGCCCGCAUCGUCGAGAAAUAUGGUUACACACACCUUUCUGCAGGAGAACUUCUUCGUGAUGAAAGGAAGAACCCAGAUUCACAGUAUGGUGAACUCAUUGAAAAGUACAUUAAAGAUGGAAAGAUUGUGCCAGUUGAGAUAACCAUCAGUUUGUUAAAGAGGGAAAUGGAUCAGACAAUGGCUGUCAAUGCUCAGAAGAAUAAAUUCUUGAUUGAUGGAUUUCCAAGAAAUCAAGACAACCUUCAAGGUUGGAACAAGACCAUGGAUGGGAAGGCAGAUGUGUCUUUUGUUCUGUUUUUUGACUGUAACAAUGAGAUCUGUAUUGAACGAUGCCUUGAGAGGGGAAAGAGUAGUGGUAGAAGUGAUGACAACAGAGAGAGCUUGGAGAAGAGAAUUCAGACCUAUCUUCAGUCAACAAAGCCAAUUAUUGACUUAUAUGAAGAAAUGGGGAAAGUCAAGAAAAUAGAUGCCUCUAAGUCUGUUGACGAAGUUUUUGAUGAAGUUGUGAAGAUUUUUGACAAAGAAGGCUAACUCUAAACCUGAAAGCAUCCUCAAAAUCAUGCUUGAAUAUUGCUUUGAUAGCUGCUAUUACAACCCCUUUUUAAGGCAGUUUUAAUCUUUCAAAAUUACAUCUCAGUUAAUGGCUGGAAAGUAUGUAGUAAGACAAAUUAAAUUUUUUAUCUUAGAUUUUUUUGGUUAUAGGAGUAGACAGUGAAUUCGGGUCUAACUUCAUCUUAGCUAUGGUGCUCACAAAACAAAGAAGGAUAUCAGCUUAGUUCUUUGUUUUUACUCAAAAAAAAAUAUAUCCCUUUUAUAGUUUGUGCCUUGUGUGAGCAAAACUUUUUAGUAUGUCUGUAUUUCCCUUUAAUAAUUACAACAUGUUAGGAUUAGGGAUUCCCCACUUCCUUGUUUUCUUACAGGUUUUAAAUUUCCAACCUGUUAAGUGAAUUUGUGGACCAAAUUCCAAAGGAACUUAUUGUGUAGUCGGUUCUUGCAAAAUGUGUUUGGUAAACAAACUCAUAAAAUGAAUUCCUAGAAGUGUUUUAGUAUUUAUCAAAUAAUUGACCAUUUCCUGUAGAAAGAUAAGAAAACUUAGGCUUUGUUUUAUUACAACUUAUACAAAGUUGUGUGACAGGGCAUCUUCUUUGCUUCCAGGGAUUGGGAUGGGGGUCACUGGGGGUUCAGAGCCUGGCAGAAUUGUCAGCUUUAUUCUGACAUAAAUCUGAGGGUAAGGGGCAGGGACCGCAUCUAAUGACCUGUGUUACUGUCCUCUAUUAUGUAGUGUUCUUAGUGAUUAAACUGAUCUUAACAGAAUUCCUAGCAGUGGAACCUUGAAAUGCAUGUAUGAGGUUUAUGGUCAAUGAUUUGGUUAGCGUUUUGGUAACACUUCAUUCAAAGUGUUUUUGUUUGUUUUCUAGACUAAAUGUAGGGUUGGUAUGAAGUAAAAACAUCUAAUGGUUAAUUUCCCAUUUGUGUUUUAUUUUCUUGAAUACUUUUUUUCAGUUAUUUGUUUAAGAUUUAAAAAUCAUUGCACUUUGGUCAGAAAAAUAAUAAAUAUAUCUUAUAAAUGUUUUAUUUCCUUCCUGGCUACUUUUAUUUAGUAUAUUCUUUUUUGGCAUCAUGUUGAAGCAUUGAAAAGUACAGAAUAAAAAAAGGCUAAAGAGUC